CAUGUCCACACUACACAGCAGUGAAGACUGUAGGGCUUGUGCCAAACUCAUUUCAACGUUACCACACGACUUGCUUGCGUGUUAUCUUUAAAACAAAAGUCUAACAUAGUAUUUAUUACAGCAUAAGUAAAUGAUUGAGGCAAAAUCACUACGAUUGAAAUAACAGAAUUCAGUUUAUUCUUGAUCAAUGGAUGUCUCGAUUAGCGGGAUAGCUGUAGCAGCUAGCCUGAUAGCUAACCGGUGAGUUCAACUAUCUUACACCGACGUAGUUCCACUUCCUGUGGUCGUAAGAAUCACGACAGACCGAGGCCUCACGGGCCUUACCGGGCUUUGCGUUUCCAUUGGAACCAUAUACACCGGUAAACUCCAGAAUGGCAGACAGUGCAAGUCUUCAGUUUGUGAGCUCAUUUGCCUUUGAAGCCAUGCAGAAGGUAGAUGUGGCUAGACUUGCGGCUUUGAGUGACCCGGAACUGCGGCUUCUGCUGCCCUGUCUGGUGAGGAUGGCUCUCUGUGCCCCUGCCGAUCAGAGCAACGCCUGGGCGCAGGACAAGAAGCUCAUCCUGCGACUGCUGUCGGGUGUGGAGGCGGUGAAUUCCAUCGUGGCGCUGCUGUCUGUGGACUUCCACGCUUUGGAACAGGAUGCUAGAAAAGAACAGCAGCUCAGGCAUAAGGCUGGAGGCUCUAACGCUGAAAGCAUUCUCAUCUCUCAGCUACAGCAUGGAUUGACUCUGGAGUUUGAACACAGUGAUCCUCUCAGGAGACUACGACUGGCUCUCAGCGAGCUGCUGGCCAUCAUGAACAAGGUGACUGACUCCAAUGGAGAGUUUUUCCUGAAGUCUUCUGAGCUCUUUGAGAGUCCUGUGUACCUGGAUGAGGUGGCUGAUGUUCUCUGCAUCCUGCAAGCAGAGCUGCCGUCAUUGCUUCCCAUCAUUGAGGUGGCUGAAGCUCUGCUUCACGUGAAAAAUGGAGAGUGGUUCCUGUGUCUGCUGGUGGCCAAUGUCCCGGACAGCUUUAAUGAAGUGUGCCGUGGUUUGAUAAAGAAUGGAGAAAGGCAGGACGAGGAGAGCGUGGGUGGCAGACGCAGGACAGAAGCACUCCGGCAGCUGUGUCAGAUGAACCCGUCUCAGGCUUUGAACAUCAGGGCUAUGGUGGUGGAGGAGUGUCACCUUCCAGGUCUGGGUGUGGCUUUGACGCUAGACUACAAGCCAGAUAUAGCAGAUGAAGCGGUCAGUCCUCUGGUGUCUUACGUCAGCGGCCUUCUGCUGGGAACUAAUGGAAAAGUGCGCACUUGGUUCAGUAUGUUCAUUCGUAACGGUCAGCAGAGGAAAAGAGAAAGCAGCUCUGUGCUGUGGCAGAUGCGGAGGCAGUUGCUGUUGGAGCUGGUUGCCAUCUUGCCUCGUUCUCGCAGUACCCACGUUCCCAACGACAGCGACAUGGAGUCCGACAGUGGCUCGGGGUACUCUGGCUUGCGGGAGGAACAUGUAGUGAAGGCCAGUGCGCUGUUGCGACUCUACUGCGCGCUCAUGGGCAUCGCUGGGCUCAGGCCCACAGAUGAAGAGGCGGAGCAACUGUUACAGCUGAUGACAAGCCGUCCCCCGGCCACGCCCGCAGGAGUGCGCUUCGUCUCUCUGUCCUUCUGCAAACUGUUGGCAUUUCCUACACUUGUCAGCACUCCAGAACAGGAGCAGCUCAUGGUAAUGUGGCUCAGCUGGAUGAUUAAAGAAGAGGAGUAUUUUGAGAGCGCCGCUGGUGUCUCUGCCUCUUUUGGAGAGAUGCUAUUACUGGUUGCCAUGUAUUUCCAUAGCAACCAGCUCAGUGCCAUCAUAGAGCUGGUUUGCUCCACCCUGGGGAUGAAGAUCGCUAUCAAACCCAGCUCACUAAGCAAAAUGAAGACCAUUUUCACUCAGGAAAUCUUCACAGAACAGGUGGUAACGGCACAUGCGGUAAGAGUGGCAGUGACCAAUAACCUCAGUGCCAACAUCACAGGAUUCCUCCCUAUUCACUGCAUAUACCAGCUGCUGAGGAGCAGAGCCUUCACCAAACACAAAGUGUCUAUAAAGGACUGGAUCUUUAGGCAGCUGUGUCAGACGACCACUCCGCUCCACACUCAGCUGCUUCCUUUAAUUGAUGUUUACAUUAACUCCAUCCUGACCCCUGCUUCUAAGACCAACCCAGAGGCCACCAACCAGCCAAUCACAGAGCAGGAGAUCCUGAAUGUUUUCCAGGGCUCGGCAGGGGGUGAUGGAGGGAAGGUUCGUUCUCAAUACACAAUCACUACCCAGUUGCUCAUUCUCUACUAUAUCCUGUCUUAUGAGGAGGCUCUGCUCGCUAAUACAAAAGCAUUAGCACUGAUGCAGAAGAAGCCAAAAUCGUACUCUGCGGCCCUCAUGGACCAGAUCCCCAUCAAAUAUCUCAUCCGGCAGGCCCAGGGACUACAGCAGGAGCUGGGAGGUCUGCACUCAGCUCUGCUGCGUCUGCUGGCCACAAACUACCCACACCUGUGUAUGGUGGAGGACUGGAUCAGUGAAGAAGAAGUUACCGGCACCCUGCCCUUACUGAGGAAGAUGCUGCUAACCUCUUCAUCCUGCAAAUAUUCACAGACGCAGCUGCGAGAGGCUUUUCAGAGUGUUCUCUCUGGUGGGCCCAGACUGCUGCGUAUCCUGGAGCACUUGACACUUCUCUCCCCAGGAGAUAUGAUCCCAUACGCCGAGGCUCUGACUGCCAACAUGGGGCUGCUUCUGGAGGACGGCGUCUCCCGCAGGAUCCUGCAGACCGUCAAUAAACUCUGGAUGGUACUUAAUACAGUCAUGCCACGCAAACUGUGGGUGAUGACUGUUAACGCUCUACAGCCCUCACCGAAGCUUCUCAGGCAGCAAAGAUACACACAGAACGAUCUGAUGGUCGAUCCUCUCAUCGCUCUGCGCUGUGACCCCAGAGUCUUCAGGUGUCCUCCACUAAUGGACAUCUCUCUUCACAUGCUGAAUGGGUACCUGCUGGCAUCUAGGGCCUACCUGAACUCCCACCUGAAAGAGACUGCUGAAUUUGAGCGGCAGGGUCAGACCAUCUCAAACCUCGGCCUCGGCGGCCAACCUGAUGCACCUGAGGUCACCAGAGAAGAGCUGAAGAAUGCUCUCUUGGCUGCUCAGGACAGCGCAGCGGUGCAGAUCUUGCUGGAGGUGUGUCUGUCGUCCCCUCAGGAGGAGCUACAGCUGGGUGGAGGUGGAGGAGCAGACAGCCUGUUGAGGAGUGUUCAGUCUGCUCCAGGUAUUCCCAUGCGGAUGCAGGUGGGAGACGCAGGGGGCAGGCGGGGGGCCCAGGGGGAACGUGAGGCUGAGAACGGACUGCUCAGUGACCUGAGGGAGGUGCAGUGCCUCAUCUGCUGUCUGCUGCACCAAAUGUUCAUCGCAGACCCGAACAUCGCCAAACUAGUGCACUUCCAGGGUUAUCCACAGGCUCUGCUCCCUCUAACCGUGGCAGGAAUUCCUUCCAUGCACAUUUGUCUUGACUUCAUCCCAGAACUCCUGGCACAGCCACAGCUGGAGAAACAGAUCUUCGCCAUAGAGCUGUUGUCCCAUCUGUGCACCCAGUACGCCCUUCCCAAAUCUCUCAGUGUGGCACGGCUGGCCAUUAGCGUGAUGGGUACCCUCCUUACAGUGCUGACCCGUGCCAAGCGCUUUGCAUUUUUCAUGCCCACACUGCCGUGUCUAGUCGCGUUCUGCAAGGCUUUUCCUCCGCUCUUCGAUGAUGUCAUGUCACUGCUGGUGCAGGCGGGACAGGUGUCUGCCGCUGAUGUCACCACCAAGGCCAGAGAUAUCGACCCUCUUAUUGCCAGACUUCAGUUUCUGAGAGAGAAGCCGCAGGAAGUCGUGUCACCAAAAUCCAAAUUCUCUCUGCUCAAGAGGUCUGCUGAGGAGCUGGGCGGAGCCGAUCCUGACGUACAGCUGUGCUAUCAGAUAGAAGCCACCUUUAUGGAUAUCAUAAGCUCCAGCACGCAGGCGCUGUGACAUCACAGAUUCAAAUAUAGACAGUUUCAUUGAGAACUUUCAAUAAACUAUUGUUACAGGAACGUGUACUUAGGAACCAACAGAGCAUUAUGAUGAUUGAUCUCUUGGAGCUGUUGCAUGGUGGGAAUAAUUCAGUUUGAAGUCACUGCAUUUGAAGCAUCCUUGAAUAUGAGUGGCAUGAGUAUGCCAACUAGGCUAAAUAUCCCGCUGUCCCUGAAAAACACAUUGGUUUUAUUAUUUCUUUGUAUACAACUUACAAUUUGAUUUUCCAGGAAGUGUUUUGAGUCUAAAGUGAAUUGGGCACAUUACGACCUCUUCAUUGCUUAAGGGUUUGACCAUUUCACGAAGGAGAUUGCUUUAGAUGUUAUUUUCUAAAUGGUGUGUUAGCUUGUUAGUUAAGUGUGCUUUGUGUGAUGUGUACAGGGCACUUAGCAGCAAUAUUAUUGGUCUGUUUUUUAGACCAGCAUUUAAAGAGUAUUUUCUUAGCUCAAAACAUUUUCACAAUGUGAUUCACAAUGGUUUUGUAAACAUUGAUCUUAAGUUUUGAACAUUUGUAUUAAAACAUCUUUUUGGA